AUGUGGGAUAAGGCAGCUAUGUGGAUAAAACGUGUCGAUGAAGUUAGAAAUUCUCCGAACCCUGAAAAAAUCAAGACUACGAUUUUUGAAGGCGUAUGGAGUAGUAAACUUCCCGAUGAGGAGAAGACCAAUCUUAGGCUAGCACAUGAAGCACAGUUGGUUGUACUUGCAGGAGAAGGUACAACAGCCUAUACGCUUCAAUCUGCUCUCUUUCAGCUACUCGCUAAUCCCAAGGAAUUUGAGAAGGUAAAGGAAGAGAUAAAUGCAGCUAUUCCAAAUUCAGAUAGCCUCCCAUCUUUCUCUGAGGUGGAAAUCCUACCAUACCUGAACGCAGUGAUUCAAGAGACAAUUCGCAUUCAUCCCGGCGUUGUCUCACGCUUGCCACGAGUCUCUCCCAAAGCUCCGACUUUGUACCAUGACAAGAAAAACGACAAAGAGUAUAUCAUUCCAGCUGGUACCUUGACGAAUAUGACUGCUCAAAUUGCACAUAUGAAUGCAGAUGUUUUUGAAAAUCCAUGCGAGUUUCGUCCACAGAGGUGGAUUGACAAUCCAAGACUCGACAAGGCCUUUGUUGGUUUUGCUCGAGGUACGAGGAAUUGCAUUGGGAUGAACUUUACACGUCUCGAAAUGUCCCUAGUUCUUGCGGCUAUUAUUCAGAAGUAUGAGAUUUAUCGCGGACAAGACGGACCGACGUUGGACCUAUUUGACACGGUCCGUGAAAGAGACAUUGAUUUAAAUCACGAUUAUAUUAUACCUUUCCCCGCAAAAGGUAGUCCAGGUUUACGCGUUAAGAUAAGAAAUUAG